AUGACCACCAUUAUCAACGCAGAAGCUUUAGUCUUGUUCUCACUUUCUCGCAAAGGCAUCGAACUUCGAGUUCUUGUAUACGUCGACGACUUGCUGAUGCUCACAUGCUUGAUGCUUCAGCGUUUUAAAGAAUAUUUGGGGAGGUGUUUUGCAAUGAAAGACCUAGGAAAACAUAAAUAUUUCCUUGGUAUAGAGUACAGUCUCGACAUCGUUGCUGAUACAGGAAACCUGGGCUCCAAACCUGCUUUGACACCUCUUGAGCAGAACCAUAAGUUGGCGGAAUCAAAGGGCCCGCUUCUUGCUGAUCCAAAGAAGUAUCGACGGCUCUUGGGACGGCUGAUUUAUCUUCUUAACACUCGUCCUGAUCUCUGUUACUCCAUUCACAUACUCUCUCAGUUUAUGAAGUCUCCGCGGGAAGAACACUGGCAGGCAGCUCUUCGUGUAGUUCGGUUCCUGAAAGGAACACCUGGACAAGGGAUUAUACUCAAGUCUGACCCUGAUAUUCCUCUAACCAUUUACUGCGAUGCAGAUUGGGGGGCUUGUCCCUUGUCUCGACGUUCACUCAGUGCCUUCGUCGUUAUGCUUGGUGGAUCUCCUAUAUCUUGGAAAACAAAGAAACAGAAGACGGUCUCUCAUUCCUCUGCAGAAGCAGAAUACAGAUCAAUGUCUACAGCACUCCGUGAGAUCAAAUGGAUUCAGCGUCUUCUCAAAGAUCUGGGGGCGGAGCAGACACAGCCUACACGUUUCUUCUGUGAUAGUAAGGCUGCAAUACACAUUGCAGCAAAUCCCGUUUUCCAUGAACGAACGAAGCAUAUUGAAUCAAGUCAUUCAGUUCGCGAUGCAGUUAAGGAUGGAACUAUUGUCACUCAGCAUAUUCGUACAGAGUCUCAGAUUGCUGAUAUCCUAACAAAGGCAUUGGGUCGAGCUACAUUUCAGAAUCUAGUGUCCAAGUUGGGCAUUGUGAAUCCACACUUUCCAACUUGA